AUGCAGUCUAUGCGUUCGAUUUUUCUCCUCUUGCUCGCCAACACGACUGCAGGGUACCUGGUCCCAAACCCGCCUGGUAAAUACAAUGUAACUUUGACGACUGGGACCCUCGUCGACUACACCCGCAAUGGCCCUUGUACCGCAACGCCAACGCCUCGGGCAUUGAUGCUGUCAGUCUUUCAGCCUGCGACGUGCGCGUCUACUGUGCCCGUCUCCUAUAUGCCCAACAAAACCGCCGAGUACCAGGGGCCAUUCCUCCAAACGCAAUUUAACAUCUCCGCCAACCUCACACCCCUCUUCCUGGAAGCUCGUCUACCAGUGUGUCUGCACGAUUCCAGCGGCUGCUCACCCCUUGAUGACGGUCCUAUCCUGCUCCUUUCCCCUGGUUACGGUAUUCCUCGGCUCUAUUAUAGUGUCAUCGCCUCCGCCAUCGCCAGUGAGGGCUUCACAGUCAUUACCAUCGACCACCCCGAAGACGCCAACAUCAUUACCUAUCCUGAUGGCCACGUAGUCUACAACAACGGCCCGAGCAACCCUACUUCGGACGUAUACACCCGGUACCUGUACGCUCGCGUGGCUGACGCAUCUUUUAUUAUUGACCAGCUGAGCAACGCGACCGCUAUAGCCGAACUGCUUCCCCAACGCGGGCCCCGACAGUUCCCGACCGAUCGCGUCGCCAUGCUGGGACACUCUCUGGGCGGCGCCUCCGCCGUCAUCGCCGCUGGCCAGGACCGCCGCCUUCGCGGUGCGAUCGACUGGGACGGCACUCUCUUCGGCUCUCUGCCCCCGUCGGGAUUGUCCCAGCCAGUGCUAUACAUGUCUGAGGCGAACGCUACCGACCCCAGCUGGCUGGCCGCGUGGCCGCAGCUGAAGGGUCCAAAGUUGUGGGUCGCCGUCGCGAACACGACGCACGAGAGCUUCACGGAUGCGCUCACGCUGUUGCAGGCGGUCGGGCAGAACACAGCGGCUUUCGCGGAUCUGCUGGGCACGAUUGUGCCGGCUGAAUUGGUGCGGAUCCUAGCAGCGUAUACAACCGCGUGGAUGAAUGGAGCGUUCACAGGCAAGGUAGGAGGGCCGUUGCUGCAAGGGCAGGAGCCGGAAAGAUUUCCAGAGGUCUCGACCGUGAUGAAAGACAACUUUUAA